AUGGCUCGUUCUGCACUUGUUUCUGAAGGGUUUAACAGUUGGAAGAGAGUUAAUGAUGGAGAAAAAUGUGCAUUUCUUAUUCAUGUUGGUUCAUUGUCUUCAUCACAUAAUAGAUGUGUGAAAUGUGUUCAGGAUUUGAUGAAACCAAAGCAAAAUAUUGACAAAGUGUUGAAUGCUCAAUCUACGGAAGAAAUUAUAAAGAAUAGGUUGCGCUUAAAGGCAACAAUUAAAGGUUUAUUAUGGCUUGCAACUCAAGGAUGUUCUUUUAGAGGUCAUGAUGAAUCAGAGAAUUCCUUAAAUCGUGGAAAUUUUAUUGAAUUGUUGAAAUUUCAAGCACAUUUAAAUGAUGAAAUUGCAAAAGUUGUGUUACAUAAUGCCCCGCAAAAUGCUAAAUACACUUCUCCUCAAAUUCAAAAGGAAAUAUUGCAUAUUCUUGCUAAUAAAGUGAGAACAAUGAUUCGAGAUGAAUUGGGAGAUGCCAAGUUUUGUAUUCUUGUUGAUGAAGCUCAAGAUGAAUCUAAAAAAGAGCAAAUGUCCCUUAUUUUCAGAUUUGUUAAUAAUUCUGGAUUUUUGGUGGAACGUUUCUUUGAGAUUUUGAGUGUUGAGGGCACAACAUCAGCAAACCUUAAGAAAUCAAUUUCUGAUAUCUUUGUUCAACACAAUAUUCAAAUCCACAACAUGAGAGGACAAGGGUAUGAUCGUGCAAGUAAUAUGCGUGGUGAAUGGAAUGGACUUCAAGCAUUAUUUCUUAGAGACUAUCCAUAUGCAUAUUAUGUACAUUGUUUUGCUCAUCGUUUACAGUUAACAUUGGUUGCAGCUGCUAAGGAUGUGCCUUCUAUUUGGCAAUUCUUUUCUUAUUUGACUUCCAUUGUAAACUUCGUCACCUCGUCUCCUAAACGUCUUAGUGAUUUAUAA